AAACAAGUUACGACAAAUUGGGCUGCCGCGCGCGAGAGGCGGAUUCGGCAUUCGCGACAAGAAUCGCGGGUAUCGCACAUACACGGGCAGUAGGCCCGGAAAUGUUAGCCCCAGCGCAGACUAUUUGUAAAGGCACCGUAACUAUUUGAAUGAGCAACUGAGCGGACGUUGUCCCAAGUUCAAAAGGGACAUGCAAAGCACACUGACGAUGCCAUGUCUGGCUUGUGGCCAUCGAGACAUCGUCCCUGGCUCCUUCUGCUGCCCACUUCCAUCCUCAUCCUCAUCUUGGCUCUGCUUCUGAGUCCAACCUCCCGACUGGCACGUUGGCUGCCGUCCCUGACACAGAUCAAGAACUGCUCAUCUCUCAACAUGCCCAGGACACCGGUGUACUAUUUCAGCCAUGGAGGGCCCGACGUCCAAUACAACAAGACGCACCCCGUCUAUCCCGUCCUGCAGUCCCUCGGGAAGGAGAUCACGCAGAAAGUCAAGCCCAAGGCCGUCGUAGUCUUCUCGGCCCACUGGCAAGCGGAGCCCAAUGAAGUGCAUCUCAACAACGCCGAGGACACCGACCUCAUCUACGACUUUUAUGGCUUCCCCCCUGAAUAUUACAAAGCCACCUUCCCAAGCAAGGGCAGUCCCGCGCUGGCCUCACGAAUCCUCUCGCUGCUCUCCGGCGCCGGCAUCAAAGCCAAGGGCCUCAAGCGCGGCCUCGACCACGGCGUCUUCUCGGGCUUCAACGUGGCCUUCAGCCCGGAGGAGAACCCUCUGCAGUGCCCGCUCGUGCAAGUCUCGCUCUUCAACAGCGAGGACCCCGACGCGCACUACCGCCUGGGCCAGGCCGUCGCCGCGCUCCGCGACGAGAACAUCGUCAUCAUCUGCACCGGCAUGAGCGUGCACAACCUGCGAGAUCUGCGCUUCUCCUGGGGCAGUUCCACGCCGCUGCCGUAUGUCGUGUCGUUCGACAACGCGCUGAAGGAGGCGGUCGAGGCAGACCCCAGCGUGAGACAGGAGCGAAUGGCGGCCGUGACGAAGAGGCCCGAUGCGAAGCAGGCUCAUCCCUGGAUGGAUCACCUGAUGCCCGUGUACAUCGCGGCUGGCGCAGCUGGCGAGGAUAAAGGCACUCAACUGUGGACGCUGCAUGAGGCGUCCAUGGCAUGGGCGCAGUACCGGUUUGGCGAGGUCGCAGCGUAGAGUGCGCGCUUCUGACUGUGUAAGUUCCGUUCGAAUACAUUGCCGCGUUGUAAAUCUGUUUCAUCACCCGCACGUCUAUCUCUUCUUUAAUUGAUAAAGUCCCCAUGCGCAGCGAGACGUAAUAGACACUAGUUAUUUUACCGAGCCUCGUUUCGCGUACUCAGCCGCGCCCCCCGACUUCUUUUCGGCCUGCAGACCCAGUCAACCUCUAUAAAUCCCUGUCUGCUUUCUGUAUAUGGAAUCAAAAA